GUUCCUUGUACUGUACGAUAUGUUACGUAUAUACCUAUAAAAAUUAUCACAUUAAUUUUUAGAAUGUAGUAAAUAAAUUCUGAGUUAUCAUAAAAAGCGAAGCCUGAUCAGUUGAAGUUGAUCGUAGCAUUGUGUUUUGCUCUGCGCGGAUUGAUUAAUUAUUAGCUGUACAGAGUACGUAGCGGUGUCCUCGAUCCUGUACAAGAAUUCUAAUCCAGAUUAAAACCAUGCGGCUUUUCUUGACCUUUGCAGUCGUACUGCUCUUCUGUGCCGAAAAUGUUCGGAAUACUUUAGGAGCCAAAACAUCAAGUCAAACCGAUCGCGAUGGUUACUCUUCCCGAUCCAGCACCGAUCAGUCUAAUUCCUUGACCAGUCGCCAAGGUUACCUCGGCUACGGCAUGGGAAUGUAUGAUCCAAUGAUGGGCAUGGGUGGUCUAGGAAUGAUGGGCGGUGGAAUGGGCCUGUUAGGCAUGGGUGGACUCGGACUCAUGGGAGGCGGUCUGGGAAUGCUGGGCAUGGGAGGAAUGGGAAUGAUGUCACCUUUUGGAAUGAUGGGUUUUCCCGGCAUGAUGGGGUAUCCGGGGAUGCUGGGAAUGGGCAUGAUGAACCCGCUAAUGUUCAUGAGCCUGUACGGUAUGGGAAUGUAUCCUGGUAUGCUCGGCGGAGGCUUCUAUGGGUCCCCUGGAUAUCAAAGCUGGAAUACCGGUCGGUAUUGAGGUAUUGCCGCCGCGCGUUACAAGAACAGCCUCAAGUGAUUACAGUAAUGUUCCAAUUGAAUCCUGAACUGCGACUCAUGAAUGAGCCAAAACAAAAUCGAAUGAUUGUUUUUUAAAUUUCAUACUUCACUGACAAUAGUUGCAUUCACAUUCUGUUUUUACGAAUUACCUAAAUAUAAUUACUUUUAUCGUCAGAAACUGCAUUACAUUCAUUACUACAGUACUACAGUACAUUCUUGUACACGCACGUACCGCCGGUACCGGUAAUAAGCGUGCGUGAUCGCACAAUAAAUCCAA